GCUUCUCUUGAGGCAGGCAGUUUGGCAUCUGCAAAAGAAGAGUGUUGCAGGGAUCCGUGAUCACUGAGUGCUGGAUCACGUUACUCAAUCAGACAAUCGCCCAACUUGAGAAACAUUCUUUUCCAGAGUUAUCAAAAAUGAAAAACGUUUUAUUUUACUGUUUGUUUUCUUUUUGUUUUACAACCUAUUCAUAAUACGUUGUAUCUUCCUUUUGUAAUGCAACAUUAGUCUUUUAAUAUUUCCUUAGUAUUCUUAGAAAAACAUAAUUUAAAGACUAUGUUACUCCAUUAUGUGGCUAGAAUUACUUAUCACUAGUUUCUUGUUGUUAGAAUGAAGUGGUUCUUUUUUUUAAACUAUGCAAUACUGUGAUUGUUGCCAUUGUACAUAAGUUUUGAAAGAUGCCUCUGAUUACUGACAGUUUAGGCUAAAAAAAUUUAAAACCUUGUUUUUUUGUGUGUGUUCUGAUGAUAUAAAGGCAGAAUGAAAGGAGGAAUUAUACUUUGAGAAGGCUCAGCCAUCCUGGACUAGAAAUGGGGAGUGAGUUUAGAGGAAGUGAGCCUGCUUAUCAGAGGAGCAGUUCUUUAGCACCGUAAAAACGUAUUGAUUGUUACAGAGAUCAAUAUCACCUUUGAGUUCUUAAAACAACAUCAUUAAAACAUGAGGAACUCAUGUAGAAUCUGCUCAUGCCAUUAGUAUUAAAAGUGUUUUUUUUUUCCCCUCUCUAAGAUGCAUUGGCUGAGUCAAAGGAAGUGUGUAGCUUAUGGUGUUACGUAUCUUCAAAGGAAGCUUGUUGGACAAGCUCAAUCUUCAUGACUUAUCUGCUUGAGUUUGUUUGUAUAAUGAUUGGAUAAAUUUCACCUCAAUAGAGAGCUUUUACUUUUAUUUUUACUUUUCCGAUUUUGUUGCAUGCCUUUGUUUAGAUUUAAAAAUUAAAUUUUAUGCAUUUUAAACGAACUAAUAAAUACUCAUUUUUAUUUUAAAAGUUAACAAGGUAUGGUAUACUUUGAUCAUAUUAAAAUUAGACUUUCCUUUAGAUAAAAGAUAUGUUUAGCUAAUAGAAUGUAUUUAUUUCAAGUGCAGGUCUAAUUAAAAGGUAUAUCAGAUCAUUCAAGCAGUUAUAUGGGGCCUUUAGGUAGUCAUUAUUUUAUUACUGUUCCAUUGCUGUGAGGAGACACCAUGAUGAAGGCAACUUUUACAAAAUAGCAUGGGAGCUUGCUUAUAGUUUCAGAGAGUUAGGUCAUGGUCAAUGUGGUUGCCGGCACCAGGAAAGCAGCCGAGAGCUCACGUGUGAUCCACAAAUUGCAGGCAGAGAGAGAGAUAGACAGACCGGGUCUGGCGUGAGCUUUUAAAGCCUCAAAGCCUGCCCCAGGUAACACACACUGCCGAAUCCUUUUCAUAGUGUUUCACUAACUGAGGACCUCGAAUUCAAACAUUCAAACAUGGAGCCAUAUAAAAGAGAAAAAAGAUAGAAUACUUGCUUAAUCCCAUAAGAAAAUUCUAUAGGAUUUUCCAAAUUGAUAGAAGUAAAAUCUCUUCAAAUCUCCCUACCUGCUCCUCUUUCCUGAUGUUUGUUUCUAAAAGCUCUGUCUUUCAAAAUAUAGUUUUAAAGAAGAUUCAUGCAUUCUUAUGUAUGUAUAGGAGUGCACACUAAACAGCAGUCUCCUUUCUGUUCAUGGGCACUGUGCUCCAAGAAGACACCAGAGGAUGCCUGAACCCACAGAUAGUACCUAACUGAGGACCAGGGGGUGACAUGGGGAUGUUAAACAGAGGCAAAGCGUUACAGCGGGGAUUAUUUUUUUUUUUUAAAGAUUUAUUUAUUUUAUGUAUGUGAGUACACUGUCAAUGUCUUCAGACACACCAGAAGAGGGCAUCAGAUCUCACUUCAGAUGGUUGUAAGCCACCAUGUGGUUGCUGGGAUUUGAACUCAGGACCUCAGGAAGAGCAGUCAGUGCUCUUAACCGCUGAGCCAUCUCUCCAGCCCGGGGAUUGUUUUUGUCUGGUUGGUUUUUUGUUUUGUUUUGUUUUUUGAAAUAGGGUCUCACAAUGAGUCUCUGACUGGCCUAGAACUUUCUGUGUUGACCAAGAUGCCCUCAGACUCACAGAACUCCAGCUACCUUUUUCUUCCAAAUGCUGGAAUUAAAACCCAUACCAUUAGCCUCAAACCAGGUUUUAACAAAGUAUGAAAAAUUUUAGAAACCUUCAUCUUUAUAGUUAUUUCCUUAUUUUUAACUUACAUUGAACUGAGAAUUCAAGUUUAUUUUUUUACUAAUAUGGUGCCCUAGCCCUCGGCCCCAAGACAGUCUUUGGGAGUAGGGAUAAGAAUAGGGAAAAUGGGGGUUGGGGAUUUAGGUCAGUGGUAGAGCGCUUGCCUAGCAAGCGCAAGGCCCUGGGUUCGGUCCCCAGCUCCGAAAAAAAAAAAGAAUAGGGAAAAUGAACGGCACAGAUUCCAGGAGCCAGAGGAUACGCAGAAGCACACUAGCACCAGCCGAUUGGCUGCCCAAGUCGUAAGCUCUAUCUUUGUACCUCUUCGGUGUCUCCGGGUGUAACCUCUCCAGGGUUAGUGAAUGCGGAAGCGCCUGCUGCACAUGCGCGGGCCAUUGUGGGCGGGCCGGCCAGUCACAACACGCUGACUCACUCCUACACUAGUAAUACAAAGAGAAGAAAUGUUACAUAGGAAGAUGUCUUACAAUAAUUACAUGAAUCAUAAAAUAAAUGCACAGAUGGGUAGAAGCUCCCUGCACACGGAGGGUAGGUGAAGUGCAGCAGACUGAAUCCCCAGGUGACAAGACCUAAGGUGGAUUGUCUCUGACAUGAGAAUCAGCGAAUACACAGAUUUAAUUCUUCAGGAAUUAAAAAAAAAGUGCUGUCCUUAUGCUGCAAAUCUUUGAGAAGGACAUCAAAGAAUUUAUAAUCAUUUGGUAUCUUGUUUGCUAAAAUGCAUGUGACCAUAUCUUUUUCCUAUUUGAUAUUUAUUUAUGCACCAAAACCUAUGGUUUGUAAAUGGAGAAAUACUGAAACCAAAACCAAAGACAGACAGUGAUCAGCAGAAGUAGGGUGUAUAGAAUUUUGAAAAAUUAUUGGGUCACUCAUGUUUGCCAUUUUUAGUAAAGAAAAACAAGAAGAUAAUAGAACCCUUUAUCUUAUUCAAGAAAACUAUAGGCCAUCAAAGGUUUUCUAAUUUAUUUGCUUAUUUGAGGUUUUACAGAGUAAAGAACGAACUCAGUGUCUUACGAAUGCUAGACAAAUGCCAUACCUCAAGCUGUGUCAGCAGCCUCUCCAAAGUUUUGUUUCUCGUUUUUUUAAUUCUGACUUUUAAUUAUGGAAGCAGAAGAGUUAGAAAUACAGGUGAUGUUAAGACAGAAUCUAUCAGAAAUCCAUCUGGACUCCUCGGUGGUUCUCAACUUUCCUAAUGCUGCCACUUUUAAUAUAGUUCCUCAUGCUGUGGUGACCCACAACCAUAAAAGUCUUUUGUGGUUACUUCAUAACUGCGAUUUUGCUACUGUUAUGAAUUAAAAUGUAAAUAGUUUUGGAAAUAGAAGUUUGCCAAAGGGGUAGCAACCCACUGUUGAGAACCACUGAUUUAGAUGACAUGAACACAGGAAAAGAACCACAAGCAAUACAUUAAAACUCAUUCAAACUUUUCGUUUGUGGGUGGCAGCCCUUGCACACACACAGUCACCUCUAUUCAGAAGGUGUUAUCUCUUGUGGCUAAAUUUAUCUCCAAAACAAAUCAAACCUGAGAGGUACAUUUAGAUUGCUUUUCUUAACUUCUUAGUAAAACUUGUGAGCUUUUCUUCUCCUUGUUCUGCUGUUUGAAUUUUUUUGCCUCCUCUAUAUCACAGUCACAUUAAGUCACAUUAAGUCACAUUAAGUGUUUGUUACCUCAAUCUUGGAUCUUCGGUUAGUUCUUUUUUAUAUCAUUUUGCAACCCAGAUUGGUCAGCAGCUCACAAGCUUCUACCUACUUCUCUGUUCUUCCCUUUCUUACAGCUAAACUUCCAAGCCACUUAAAAAAAUUUUUUGUUAUUAAAUUUUUUUCAUGCAGUAUAUUUUGAUUGUUUUUCCAACUUUGUAUUCUCUCUCUCCUUAAAAAACAAAAAACAAUAAACAAAACCAAACAAACAAAAAGACAAGAAACAAAGACACAAAGAAAAAUCAUAACCAAUGGGUGAAAGACCAGUAACAAUAAGAUCAAAUAUUAAAACAGAACAGUAAGUUCAUAAAACAUUUUGUUUUGGCCAACUGCUCCUGAGCAUGGAGGCUGGGCUGGAAUAUGGUUAUGGACCUAGUGAAACUCCACUGGAGAAAACUGAUUUUUUUCCCCCACUGCUAACGGGUAGCAAUUGCAUAUUUUUUUUUGGUUAUGGCUGGGAUCUCAUGAACACUUUCCUUUCUCAGCAGUGGGACCUCAUCUGUCUUGAACCUGUGUAGGCCUCAUGUGUACUGUCACAGUCUCUUCAAGGUCACAUGCACAUCGACUGAUGUGCCUGAAGACACUGCUUGGAGUCAUCCAUCACCUCUGAACCCUGAGGGGAGGAGUUUGAUGAAGACUUUUCACUCAGGACUGAGAGCUCCAAAGAAUGUGUGUGUUGGUGGGGACGGGUGGAGAGAUAGCUCAGCGGUUAAGAGCACUGUCUGCUCUUCCAGAGGCUCUGAGUACAAUUCCUAGCAGCCACAGGGCACCUCACAACCAUCAUGUCAUAUGGUCUGAUGUCCUCUUCUUGUUGGCAGAUGAUAUUGAAAGGUAUAGCAAGCGAUACAUGAAGGUCUAUAAAGAAGAAUGGGAACCAGAUUGGAGAAGACUUCCAAGAGAGAUGAUGCCAAGGAAAAAGUGCAAAAAAGCGGAUCCAAAAUCCAAAGCAGCCAAAGCCACAAGCAAGGGUACUACCCUCAUGAAUUCCACAGAUGUGUUGAAAAAGAUCGAGGAACUGGAAAGGAGAGGCGAGGGUGAAAGGUCGGAUGAAGAAAACGACGAGAAAGAAGGGAGCAAAGAGAAAGAGAAAGAUGAGGAGGAGGAUGGCGAAGAAGAUGCAGAACAGGAGGAGUAUGAUGAAGAGGAACAAGAGGAGGAGAAUGACUACAUUAACUCCUACUUCGACAACGGGGAUGAUUUUGUGGUAGACAGCGAUGACAACAUGGACGAAGCCACCUACUAGCCACGACAGUCUCCAGAUGUUUUGCAGAUACAGCUUUGAGCAUUUGGAUGGACUUGAUUUUGAAUAAGGAUUAAGUCCGUAUUUUCUGUUGUUCAGUGUUCUGUCUGACAAAUUCAUAUCCAACUCUUCAGAAUGACGUUGUGUUUACACCGUGUGACCUUACUCCAUUACCUCUGCCACAUCUCUGAUUAUGUGAUGCAGUCGUGGGGUUCUUUGGCUUUUGUUUGCUCUGGAUUUGAGUGUUUCUCCAGAGAUUUAGCAUUAUUCGGUCUGCGUGUUCGGUUGAAAAAGGUCACUGUGGCUCACCUGCUGACCGGUGGUAACCGUGUAUUUCUAUUAAUACUGCACAUGGGGCACUUUAAAAACAGACUGACAAUGGUGUUUCUUACCCGAGACAUUCUGUUUCAUCAUGCUGUGACCUUGUAAACGUACCUGAGUUCUUAACAAUACAAACUUAGGAGAUGAGAGUUUUACUGAUAGAAAACAGGCUCUCGGCAAACACCAGUGACCUGGAUGAAGUCCAUUUCACUUACAUCUCAACCACAACAAAGCCUGUCACAUGGGUGGAAGGUUAUCAGGGCUUGGCCGUGGAGAUAACUCCAAGCCAUACAGUAUUCAGUGUGUGAAUUAAUAAUUCUACUGUAGUAAGUCUGACAUUUUCAACUUGGUGGGCCUAUGGGGGGAAAAUCCCUGAGACAUACUGCUUAAUUCUGGACUUAACUAGAAAUAAGUCCUAUAAUGGUGUGUGUGUGUGUGUGUGUGUGUCUGUGUGUCUGUGUGUCUGUGUGUCUGUGUUUGAAUAUGAUGAAGGGCUAUGCCCUUCCUUGUCUUUCACAAGAUUCAUAAACUUCAAGUAAAUUAUAUGUAAUCACGUAAAAUGAACUCAGGUCAUUUUGAAAUUAUGAUUGAUUCUUCUUGUUUUAACUUACAGGGUGACUCCCCUGCAGUUUCAUAUUUUGCAGGAGAAAAUUUCCAGAACCUUUCACCUCGAGGGCUUUUUAACAUGCCAAAGAUUUACAUAGUGUACAUCUCAAAACUUAAAAUAUUAAAAGUACUUGCCUACAGGACAGAAAUCAUUUUUUCCCAUUGGGGAGACUUGUUACUCAUUAACCUCUGCCCUGGAAACUGGAGCCCUGCUUUUUCUCUCAGGAUCAAGUGAUAUUAACUUAAGUUUGUGUGCCUUAGUUUAUCCACUUGUAAACAAUUUCCUAUAAAAAUUUAUAGGAAAAUUUGUAGUGUUUAGACACUAACCAGAAUUGACCAAAUAUGCUGUCUUUUAUGUUACAGAAACAAUCAUGUCUUAAGUUUUACUUUUGCUCUGUAAGAAAUUGUACUGUAGAAAGUGAAAUAGUUAUGAGAACAGUUUCCUGUUGAGCUAUAAUUUUCCAAUCUUGAAUCUGUGUUAGAAACCGUAGUUUAUUUGUGUGAGCUGGAGAAAUUCCAAAAUUGCUCUCUCAGGUAAAGGACUACUUUGAAUGGCAAUGCCUCCUCGGUAUUUCCUGAGGGGUGUGAGGCCCAUCUUGACAGUGUAAUGCAGGUGACUUACCGCAGUUCCCAGGAGCUUAUAAAAAUGUGGUAAGAUUCUGAGUAGAAAACAAGUCUUGAAAGCUUCGGUGUGUUGGGAAACUUACGUAAAGUUUUUAGUUACGGCAAAUGCUGUUAUUUGGGAAUAAAAAGUACUUUAUUCUCUAACAUUUGGUACCAGGGCCAAACAAGAUCCCAUUCAUAGACACUCUCUGGUUCUGUUUCCUUCCAUUAUUACAAACCCGCACAUAACUCGUCAAAUCGGGGAGCUGCAUUGGCGGCGACGUCUUCCCUAGUUUCCAGUGUGUCUUCCCGGUGUGUUCCUACCACCCAGAGGGAAGCUUUUGCACAGGAUCGACUCUGGAACCCCUGGCCUCUCUUUUAAGGGUAACCAUCCUCAUUUGAAAGAUCAGUUUACAAUUUUGAACAUACUAAUUUUGGGAAAAGAUGAGACAUUCCAGGCUGCUUGAUUACCAUAAGUCUUGUUCUCUUUAGCUGUAAGUCUAUGAAAUUACUUUGUAGAUAGCUUCUUAAUAGUUAGAUAAGAGUACUUACUGAGACUGGUAAUAAAGUAUCUUUAACAUUAUCACAAAUAAAACUAGUUGCUACGUGCUGAAUUUCUGUAUUUGUUUACACAUAUGAAGUGAAAAAAAAAUAAAAUUUUGGCUUUGAAUACCAA